UGCUGCUGAACCAGGAAGACCAGGUAAGUCAUGUGUUUGUGCAGUGGACAGAAGAGUGGACAGAAGAGCUGACUCUGCAGACGACAGGAAACAGACAUGAUUGGGUCGACAGUGCCUGUGUCCCUCCUCUUCCUCCUCUCUCUCCUCUUCCUCCUUCCUCGGGUCCAGUCCAAUGAUAACGGUUUGGCGCGCACUCCUCCGAUGGGCUGGAUGGCAUGGGAGCGAUUUAGAUGUGACACAGACUGUAAAGACGACCCCCAGAACUGCAUCAGUGAGGCACUGUUCCGGGACAUGGCAGACCGGCUGGCUGAGGAUGGCUGGAGGGAGCUGGGGUAUGAGUACGUGAUCAUCGACGACUGCUGGAUGUCCAAAGCCCGGGACCCUGAGGGCCGACUGCAGCCGGACCCAGACAGGUUUCCAUCGGGGAUCCGUCGUCUGGCUGACUACGUCCACAGCCGCGGCCUGAAGCUGGGCAUUUACGCAGACAUGGGCCGGUACACGUGUAUGGGCUUCCCCGGGACCACACUGGACAGGAUCAGAACCGACGCUCAGACCUUCGCAGACUGGGGCGUGGACUACCUCAAGUUCGACGGUUGCAACUCAAACGCUCUGGAGCAGCUGCUGGGUUACCCUCUGAUGUCCAAGGCCCUGAACGCCACAGGACGUCCCAUGGUGUUCUCCUGCAGCUGGCCCGUGUACGUGGGCUCGCUGCCUCCGGAGGUGAACUACACUCUUCUGGGGGAGAUCUGUCACCUGUGGAGGAACUACUACGACAUACAGGACUCAUGGGACAGUCUGCAGUUCAUCCUGGACUGGUUCUUUACCCAUCAGGACUUCAUCCAGCCCGCAGCCGGCCCGGGACGCUGGAAUGACCCCGAUAUGCUCAUUAUCGGUAACUUCGGCCUGAGCCUGGACCAGUCCCGGGCCCAGAUGGCGCUGUGGUCCAUCAUGGCUGCUCCUCUCAUCAUGUCCACAGACCUGAGGCAGCUGGAUAACGCCGCUCGAGCCGUCCUCCAGAACAAGGUCGCCAUCAACAUCAACCAGGACCCUCUGGGCGUACAGGGACGGCGCCUCCUCCAGGAGAAGAGUAAAAUCGAGGUGUACUGGCGCCCCCUGGUGGACUCGUGCAGCGCUGUGGUGUUCCUGAGCAGGAGGUCGGACAUGCCGUACAUCUAUCACACGUCUCUAAGCAAACUCGGCUUCGACAAAGGCUCCUACCAGGUCUAUGACGUGUUCGGCGGCUCCAGACUGAAGCCUCUCAACUCCACAGAGCCGAUCCGCGUCUCCAUUAACCCGUCUGGAGUGGUCAUGUGGUACAUCGCUCCGGCCAAUAGGAACCCAGGACCCUGGGACCGGGACUGGGUCCAGAACCAGGUCCAGAAACAGGUACAGAACCGGAUCCAGAACUGGGACAGGUCUGGACUUCACACCCUGUUAUGAAGAAACAUCUGAAUUUAACUUUAAGUUUCAAUCAAAUAGUAAAAGGCUGUGUGCAGUGCAAUGUGAACCAGCAGAGGGCGCUACAGAGACACUACAGUCAGACCAGCCAGGUCUGAUCUGUCCUGGUUGAGUCCUGGUUUGGUCCCAUUCUAGUCCCAGUUUAGCCCUGGUCUAGUCCAGAAUUAGUUCUAAAUUUGAUCCCAGUUUAGUCCCCAAAGAAAGACUAAACCGGGACUAAACCGGGACUAAACCGGGACUAAACCGGGACUAAACCAGGACUAAACUGGGAUUAAACCGGGACUAAACCGGGACUAAACCGGGACUAAACCGGGACUAAACCGGGACUAAACCAGGACUAAACAUGGACUCGGCCUGGGCUCAGCCUGGGCUCAGCCUGGACUAUUCCUGGACUAGACCAGGACUAGACCUGGAUUAUGCCAAGACUCACACUCGUCUCUGUUGUGAGUCCAGUCCCCACACAAAGGGAAAUGUUUUAUUAUUUCAUUUUAUCAGUAAAACUCAUGUCUGUUCAAGAUUUCUUUUUUACUUUUAUAGGCUGCUAUUUUUGAUUUUGAAAUAAAAAUCCAGGAACAUGUUUUAAAUGUUUAAAUGUUUAAAUAUUUUUAAUGUAAAGGUAAAUGAGUUCAUGGAGCAGUUGUGAUGAUUCAGCUGUGGCUGCUUUUAAAUGUUUUUAAAUAAAAUAAACUUAGACUU